AUGCCACUCAAAGCUGGGCGGUUCACACAGCACCUGGUUCAGUCCUGGGCUGUGUUUGUGAUGCUCUAUACGUCUGGUCGCAGGAUGGGCUGGAGACACCACCUCCUUCACUUUGUCGCCUGUUUCACUGUUAGCCUUGCCUACAGUACUCUCCUCUUCCUCUGCCUCCGUUACUCUCUGAGGUACGACGCAGUGCUAUCAGGCGCCGUUGCGGGCGCGUGCACCAUAGUUGUGACAGCUGCACAAUUCUUCUCCAAACGUGUCCGCUGUGCGGGGAUCCUCUUCCUGAUCGCCUGCGGCAUGCAGCAAGGGAGGAACCUGCUCAUUAGUGCUGGGACCGCUCUGGUUGUCUUCGGGAACAUUCGGAAUGCGUUCAACAACCUUAAAGGUCUAGCCGCAAGCAUGAUAUGCAACCUUGAGAAGAACAGCAUCUCCAUCAACCGCAUUGCAUUAAAAAAAUAUCUUGACCUUUUACAUUGGGUUGAUAAAGAAAUCAGCAGGGUUUCUGACCUUGGCAUGGUCAAGUUCAGCCCAGAAUUUAAUGUUAGCCAUAAAAUAGAAUCAGCAGAAGCAGAGGAGAAACUUGAACAAGCAAAGAGGUCACUCAACAAAACGGCUGAACACAUGCUGGCUGUGAUGAACACUGUGUCAUCUGUGAGUGAGAAGGUGUUCCCUGCGCUGGGUUUUCUUCUCCUCAUAGUCUUCACGGUGCUGUACCUGAGAAGCUACUACUACAACAGAAAAUAUGAGAACGCGUUCAUCACCAGCAGGUUUAUUCAAUACGAUGAGAAGCAGAAGGCUGAGGGGAAGCCUUACAUCCUCCCCCUGACGAAAAAGGAAGCCAAACGCUACAUCACCAUUCCUUCACCUCGCUUGAGAAUCAAGGAACAGCAGGAUCAAAUAGUGGGCAUUGCUAUUGGCGAUGGUGUGAAGAAGAGCAACGACUUCAGCUUCAUCCUGACCCUCUUCAAGGAGGAGUGCCUUCCUGAGCCCCAUUUGCUGCUCUCUGAAACGCUUGUCCUCCUCUCUGUGAUCCUCGCCAUCCUGGUCGUCCUGGGCCUGCUGUCUCCCAAACUGCUGCAGCUAAAGCUGCUUGUCUCCGCACAGUUCUAUGGCGACAAUGAGGAUGAGAGGGUGGAGUACCUGCACGCCAAGAUCCUCCGGAAGAGAGAGAAGUCAAAGCUCGGGGCUCUGAAAACUGAGUUGAUGUCAUUCGGGUUUAUGUGCAGCCAGUGUGCUAUCAGCCUUCUCAAAUACUAA